AUGAGAAUGGUUUGGUUUACUUUUAAUUUUUUAUUAGGAAUACCCGGGGGGGAUACGAAACCAAAAACGAAUCACAAAGAAAAACAACCCAAAACAACAACAACAACAACAAAUACGACAAAGACGACGACAACAGAAGCAGCAGCAGCAGCAGCAACAACAGGAGGGAAAAGAAAACGAAAAGAAGAAAAUAAAUUAAUAAAAUCUAAUCGUGAUUAUAGGGAAAUAAAAGUCGAUAAACCAAAUUAUUUUUUCCACAUCGAAUACGUUUUAUUUCCAAAUACAUCACCCAAAACCAUAGACGUCAUUUGUUGGAAUCAAGUGGCAAAAAUUUUUUAUGAAAAUUCUCAUUGUGCCAUAGAGGUACACGCCGUUGACAAUCUCAAUUGGAUUUAUUUUCGCGUGAAUCACAAUUUGGAAUUGGGUGACGAUGAAAUUCUCGUUAUGCGUUCUCACGUGUUAAAAAUCACACUUAGUUUGGGUAAUAAAAAAUUCGGUGAUCGUGCCAAAUCCGAUAAUUCUAAAAAAUUUUACACUCUUCUUUUCGCACGCGACGAUGGCGACGACGACGACGAUGGGAACGACGGGAAUGACGAUGGGGAUUGGGAUGACGACAGCGAAGAAAAUGGCGAAGUUGAAGAAAAUUUCGCAUUUAAAAAACAAAUUUUUCAACCCGUUUCCGACACCGUUGAAAAUUUACCCUACAUAAGUUUUUACAAAGAACAUUUAACGUAUUUACAACAAUUGUACGUCGCUCUCGACACAACGAUCGAAACCAACGAGUAUCACAAAAGAUUAAUUAAUAAAAUGUCCGGUCUCACGCGCGAAUACAACGACGAAACCGUUAAAAAAAUCAAAACGACAAAAAUAUCGUCGAUGAAAAAUAUGACUCCUGGUACACCUUUGGAACCCGCACAACCCAACAAAAAAGAAAAAAAAACCGUUAAAAAAAAAGAAAGCGGUAAAGAUGGCGUCGGUGGCGUUGGCGUCACCGGUGGCGGCGCCACCGGCGGCGGCUCCUCCGGUGAUUCCAUUGAAAUUUUAAUACCCGGUGAAAAUUUUUUCUCCGGUUCCGAAAUAAUCGAAAACGUUGUCAAAUACAAUUUAAAAGAAAUUCCAUUUUUUUACAAUUUGAUAAGGAUAAUAAAUCCUCUCACGGAUCAACAGAGAAAAUAUUACAAUCCAAUGUCCGUAACUCUCCACCAUUGUGAUUUUUUACCCGUUAAAGAUUUACUCAAAUCCGGUAUAACUCAUUUGAAAUUUCGAUAUAUCGUUUUCGACGAGUUUUCUGUCGAAUCGAAUCCGUAUCCCGUAGACGAUAAAAUCCGUAUUGAUUUCACGAGAACGUUUUUCACCGAUGGAAACCACGUAAACGACAUUAAAUUCAUACAUUUUAUACAAACCGGAGGACUUAAAAUUCAUUUGUUGGGUGAUUUCAAACGUGAAAAACCAAUCAAAUCCUCUUCUCUAUACGAUGAACACAAAAUAUCGACGAGAAAAUUUAUUAAUAAACGUUUUUUUAAUAACGAAAAUGAUCACCACCGCGAUGAUGAUGAUGAUGAUGAUAUAUUUAGUGUUAUUGGCACGGGUUACGUUGAUUUAUCCAGUCUCAUGACACAACCGCAUAGAAUUUUUUUCAAAUGUAAUUUACUCAUUCCUCCACCCAACGAAAAUGAUGAUGAUGAUAAUAACAACACAAUGACAACGUGUUCGUCGAAAAAUUAUAAAAAUUUCAUAACAAUUUACCAAUUUUAUAAUUACAAGAGAAAAAAAACAAAAUGGGAAUUGUCGAAAACGUCAUCGAUUCCAUCCGUACCCACGCUAUGCGUUUCCGUUAGACUCAAUUACACGCCGUUAAAACUAUACCAGACCGUUUUAACGUAUCCAAAUUUGUACAAUAAGUUAUUUGUCGUCAUAAGAGAUGAAAACAUAUCCGAAUCCCUUUUUAAAUCCAUCGAAAACGAGACCGCGUGUGACAUUUUACACUCCCUUGAUUAUUUUCAAAAAAAUAUCUGUUGUAAAAGACCGCUCACGGUUAAUCACGAGGAAAAUGUCGUUUCCUCGCACGAGGAAAAGAGAAAAAAUAAUCAAUUGACUGGAUUUUUAAUAAAAACAGGCGAUAAAACAUUGGUCUAUGUUGAAGGACCAUUAUAUGGUUCUAUAAAACAAAUUUGGGCAAUAGUAUCAAACAUGAAACCGAAUCAGGGUCAUGUUCUCUACGACAGUUCGUUGAUAUUUCCCAAAAGAAUUUAUGAUAGUUUUUUACAAAUAAGUGGUGGAUUUUUAAAAAUAUAUUUAAAUGAUAGAUUCGAAACUGAAUAUCCAUCACUCAUCGGGUAUGGUGGUCCUUGUUGUUGCAUGCCAGAAAUAACAUGGAAAACAUUGAUCAACAUAAACAUGUUGAUGCAUUGUAAAUCGAUUAAAUUGGCUGUGCAUAAUAAUUUAUUUCCAGAUCCUGAAUCAUUAUUUUCACUAUCACUUCAAAUAGUUGAGGUUAUGUACGACAAUUUAUCCGAACCCCAUUUAAAACACAAUUUUAUAACCGAAAUCCGAUAA